AUGAUUACUUUACGUCGUAAUAAAAAUAAUUCUAAUCAAAAAAAUAGACAUUCAUGCUAUUAUCAAGUUUCAAGUGGUUCCUUAAUACAAAUCUGUUUUUAUCAUGAACGUGAAGUUACAUUUCAAAAAGAUAUGGGAACAUUUCAUUUUGAUUUGUUAACUUCAGUUUUCUCACAUGUUUUAAAAUCAUUCGAUGAUCCUCUAAUAAAUAAUAUUACUGUUUUAAUUGAUGCCAGAAAGUUAAAUCAAAAAUUUGUCCGUUUACUAUUAAAGACAAUUAAAAUAACAUUUUCUAAUAGAAUAUCGCAAGUAUAUUUAAUUGAACCAGAAGGAUUUAUUAUUCAACAAAAGAUAAAUUUUGACAUUUUAAUGGAUGCCUAUGACUAUAAGACAACUAUUAUUUCUCUUACAAAAAUUCCUAAAUAUAUAAAUAAUCGAGAUUUGGCAGAUCCAUUUGGUCCUUAUGGAUUGUCAACAUGGACAGAUAUAUCAGAAAGUUUUAUUGAACAUCUUGAUCAGAAAAAAUGUUCAAAAUUUGUUGACAAACACUAUAUUAUAGGAGGUGUUACAAAAAUGUAUAAAAAAGAUAAAUCUGUUUUGGUAGAAUUAAUUUUAAAUGAAAUGGAAUUAAGAAGACGUGGUGAUCAAAGAAAAAUUGCCAGUAUUAUGGAAAUAAACUAUCAAAGAAAAAAGACAUUAGAGAAAAUUGAAGAUAAUGAUUUAAUGUCAGGUAAAAAGUUUGAUGAUUUUGAUGAUGACGAUGAAAAAGAAGAAAGUCCAAAACUUAUACCAGCUUUAUUACGAGAACAUUGUGAAGGGAUGUCUGAAUUAAUUUCUUGGGUACGUGGUGCUGGAGCUAAAUGGUUUGAUAGUUUAAAUGAUGUUGGAAAUUCAAUUGAUGAAGUCAAACAAUUAGAUAAAGAUCUAAGACAAUUAGUAAAAAAAGCUGAAGAAGCAGUAGAACAAAGUAGAGAAUUAAGUGAUGGUGUAGAUUUUUUUGUAACUACUAAACCUGAAUUUACUAAUGAAUUGACUAUUCUUAGAGAUCAAAUGGAAAUUUACGUAUUAGAUUAUGUUAGAAAAAUAAAAAAACAUUUAGCUUUUGUUCAACAAAGCUUAAAUUUUCAUAACAGUUUGAAUAAUUUUUAUAAAGAAAGUGAUAUAUUGUUAAAAAUAUUAUGUUGUGAAAACGAUGAAAUGAAUAAAAAUUUAAAUUGUCUUAAAUUAGAAAUUGAAGAACUUGAGAAUGCUUUUAAAAAAAUGAAUGAAUCAUAUCAAGAGAUGGAGAGGAUAGGAUCUAUUUUUUGUGAUAAUUUAAGUAAUUUUACAACAUUAGAUGAGAAAGACAAACAGAAACGUGCUCGUGAAUUUUAUAAUAUUAGUGAACAAAUAAAAAAUGCCAAAGAAAGUAGAUCAAAACGAAAAGGACUAGUUGAAAUAAGAGUUCUCAAGCUUCAACAAAUGCUUCAAUUAAAAACCACAGAAAAUGAUAUAUUACAAGUAAUUGAAUGGUUAAAUGAAAUUUUAACAUUCGAAUCAUCUACACCAAAAUUGAUAUAUACUGUAAAUGAAUUAUAUGAUUAUGGUAAACAACUUUUACAAGUUUCUUCACUUCUACGUCGAAGUCUUCGCUUACAAGGAUCUGUUAAUUCUAAUUUAUCUUCAAGUUUAAAUAAAGUUUUUAAUGCACUUGAAAGUAAAAAUGAAAUGCAGAGUCGGUGUUCCCUAUUAAAAAAUUAA